AUGGAGCCCACCAACGACCGCGACGAAGAAAAUCGACCGACUUCUUUGGCCCUUCAACUGGCACUGCGCGACUUCUGGGACAAGUCUCGCGGCCUGAUCAGAAGUCGGCCCAACUCCACCCAUCUGGACCUGCGCGAGAGCUGUUCCAGUCCAACCAGCUCGGGCAGUUCCCUGACCGGCGACAUCAACUUUCAAGCCGGCGACGAGUCGACCGAACUCCGAGACUAUCGCAAUGCCUUGGCCAUUCAGCUGGGAUGCACUUUGGCCAGAAAGAAGAAAGUAAGCCGUUGGGUCAACAUCAUUAAGAGCGCCCAAGGGUUUCGGGGUCACGUUAAGUUUCUGGCUGAUGGGUGGACUAGGCCAUGGGAAUCUUUGUUUCAAGAAUUAGUUUUAAUCUUAAGGAUUAAAUUUUGUUUUAAAUGUAGAGUUAGGGAGGUUCACAUGAUUUAGAUUAUGUUUUUCAAACCCUAUGAUAAUAUAAGCUUAUGUUAACAGCAAGGGAACAAGUUUAUGUUAACAGUAAAGAGAUGAGCUUAUGUUAAACAUGAGUACUUCGGAACCUUUCUAUAUUAAUAUGAAAAGGUUGACCCUUCGGCAUCCUUUUGCACCAGUCAUGAGCACGAUGAGUCGCUCUUAAGGCCUAAUUUUAUGCGAAAUUCCGGGUUCGCUGACUCAAAGUGUUGUACGAUCAUUAACAGUUAUGACCGGAGGGUAUAAAAACCGAUUUGAAGGUUACUGCCCUUGAGUGAUCGCUUUACGUGGGGAAGGAUUAUUGACAUUGUUGUAUAUAGAAAAGACUAGUACAGUCGCAAAGGACAUGUUGUGGCUGGCAAAGCGCAUUAAAUGUACUAUAGCAUUGAAGAUAGUAGCUAUUAUGAGGAUGGUACUAGGAAACUGAGUAGGAAUAUUAAGAAAAAGAGCUUGUACUAUUAGGUAACUGGGUAUUUUACUACUAGUAUCAGAAAUACAUUGUUAGUCAGAGUUGUUCCACUAGAAUGCCUAAAAUGUUUAGCUGCAGUAAAGUAAAGUCUACCACACUUAUACAUACAUGUUCUAUUUUGGUGGGCUUGUUGUCUGUGAGGGAGUAGUAUGAUUAGAUUUGCAUAUAACGAGGUUCUCGAGGGAACGCCGAGAGUCUCGAGACUUCGUUUCGAACCUUUUUCUCAAAUUUGUUUUAACUGCGCGACCACACCUUUGCACUCUCAACGAGGGACUUGGCCCUGGGGCUCGGGAGCUGGCUGACCUUGUUUUGGGUCAGUCUUUAUGGGUAAUAUUUAAGCAAUCACGAGUCAAAUUCCGAAACACAAAAAGGGGGGGGGGGGGGGUUUUGCAGUUUUGGGAGCUGGGUUUUGGCUAUAAGUGUCGAGUUUGGCUAGCUAAGGGUUUGGAUAUAUUUUGAAUUUGGUUAGCUAAAGGCUUGGCUAUAUUUUUUGAAUCUAGCCAGCAAAACUUUUCACUAUAAUCUUUGAAUUUGGCUAGCUGAAAGGUUUACUUUGUUUCAAGUUUGGCUAGCCAACAGCUUGACCUUUUGGAAAGAUUGUCAUAAGAAGCGGCUUUAUUAUGCUUCGAACAAAAGAUGUAGCCGUGCAGAAAACACGACGUGCGCGGUGGUGCCGUUAUGUCCUUGAACGACGCCUCAGGCGCUCAUAAUUGUUUUUUGGUUUACACAAGGGGGGGGUGAACUAGAUCAAUCGGAUUCGCUUCUGUUUGCAAACUUUAAGGCAAAUAAGAGGCCUAACUCUGCAGUAACUUUGUUCAAACAUGUUUGAUAUUAUUAUUUGACAAACCUUGUGCUACUUUUCAGUUUACCUUGGCUGUUUAUAGUUGUUUUAUAUUGUUAUUGAUUACAAUAUUGUUAUUGUCAAAAGUUUCUUUUAUAUUUUAGUCUGAAUACCUAUUUUGUCAACAACAAAAGUACAAUUUUAAAAUUUUUGAAGUCAUAUUUGCAUGAAAUUGUGCUUAAAUCUAUGUUAAUAUCACUACUUUUCAAAAAGUAACAACACAUUUUGCAGGACCCAUCGCUUCAAAACGGAACUCGCGGAAUGAGCGCGCGAGUCGAGGCUGGCGGGGAGUCCAGUCCAGCCAAGAAGAUAAGCAAGCCUAAGGACAAAGUAGAGCUGAGCAAAUCGCAGUUAUUAGCUGGCCUGAUACUGACAGUUGCCGCCGUCAUCGUCGCCAUCCUCAUCACAUACACAGUCACAAAGGAGAGUCUCAGUAGGACAUCGUCGUACAAUCGGACCAGUGCCAGUAAAAACUCACAUUACUCGGAUGAGUUUGAUAUGUAGGUUUACAUUAGAUGUAUGUUAAGGUAUUGAAUUGAAUUUUAGAAACAUGUAAUGGUAUUUACGAAGCUACAAACAUUAAUAUCAAUCAUAAACAAUAUCCAACUCUAUACAUAAAUAAACCAUUUUCACCUUUCAGUGCUCACUUCAAACCUCACGAGGUGCCUGACCUACCUCCAGAAGAAGCUAGCGCAGAUGCCGGGCCAGAACCGACGGCAGAGGAACUUCGACUAGUACACGACCUAGUACCGGUGUGGUACAACUUAAGUGUGAAGGUCUACGUUCCUGGGUUUGUCCCCAUAACUCCGGAGAAGAACCUGACAUUCGACGGAGCCAUGAUCAUCAAGUUCAAGGUGACCAACCCGACCAACAGGAUCGAGUUGAACGCCCAUUUUUUGAACUUCUUGACCAAAACUGACCUUUAUCAGCUGCAGGUCGACCCAAAGGUAAAUAUUUUACUUUAUGAUUUUAAAGGUGUUUUAGUUAAAAAGAUACUUUUAAAAAAUCAUAAUACAUAAAAUGACAUUUUGAAUGCGAACUUUCUUGUUUUAGCGUGUGAGAAGAGCCGCUUCCAACUCGACCGGUAACGCACUGAUAGUAUCAUCAAACGGUACUCGACAAGUGCCCGAAGGCGAGGUCACUUCAGAAGAACUGAGCUCAGAAAGCGAAGUAAGUGUUAUUAUUCUAGACAUGUCUAUUUUUGUUAUUAGUAAUAUGAAGUCCAUUUUUUUCUUUGUCAAUAGCAAUACUAUCAAUUCUUACAGACACCGGCAGCUCAAAACCGAGUAGACUCUGGAAUCAAAGUUACUGCGAUCAGAGUGAACGAAACCCUACAAAAGGUAGUCUUCGAUCUGGAUGCUCAACUACAACAAGAUCAGGAGUACUAUUUCUUGGUGAGUCUUAAUAUUGUACUACUUUUUGUGACUAUUUUCAUUUGGUUACUGUUUUGUCGCAGUAAUUAGCAUUGACGUCGAAAUAAUCCGCAAACAGAGUAGCCUAUCGUUAUUUAUAGCCCUUAAAAUACAAUUAAUUACUGUUUUAUUUGUUUGUUUAUUUACUUUUAUAGCUACCUUACUCCGGGCCCAUCGACUCCAAACUUUCCGGUUUGUAUCUGACCCAAUAUUCAGACGCCAAUGGGAGGCAAAGGUAACACAUCCGCUUUAUAAGACAAUUACCUUCCACAAAAACAAUUUGAAUCCUAAAAACUAAAACACGAAGAAAGAUUCAUUCUGCAUAAUAUUGUGUUUUAAAAUCCAGUGUAACAUCUCCAACUUCCAAAAUCUAGUUAGCAUUUGAUACCUUAAACAGGGACGUCGUUUGGGGGGGUGGUUCGGGGUGACCCCCCCCCCAAAGCCGAUCCGAAAAAAAAUACCUGUACGCGAAAAAACAAAAAAAAAAUUUUGAAAAAUCGGUCCACAGGUAGCAGCUACCUGUGGACCAAAAAAAAUUUUUCGACCUCCCCCCAGAGAAAAACCGUAUCGACGUCCCUGACCUAAAACAAUGUAAAGAAAAUCCUUACCUUUAGAUAUGCGGCCGUUACCCAAAUGGAGCCCACUGAUGCCAGAAGAUUCGCACCGUGCUUCGAUGAGCCAGCCUUCAAAGCCGUCUGGAGGUUGCGAGUUAUUCAUCCAGUCGGUAGCCGAGCUGUGAGUAAUGCACUCGAGAUCAAGGAAGACGAACCAACGUAAGUCCAGAUUGUUACCUACUUCAAUAAAGAAAAUACAAAACAAAUGUUAAUUUCCUAAUUCUCGAGAUAAGGGAUACCUCUAAACAAAAACUUAAGUUUUAAAAUACAAAAAAACCCAAAUUUAAAACAACAACAUGGAUGUUUUAGGAACGAUCCCGACUGGUUGUUGACUACAUUCGAGGAAACGUUACCAAUGUCGUCGUAUCUUCUCGCGUUGGUCGUAUCUGACUUUGAAUACGUCGAAGGACACACCAAAAACAAUGUUAGAGUAAGUGUGAAACGAUUUUUUGUUUUUUCCAUUAUUUCAGCGACUCUUUACGUUUAGACGAAGUGUCACUUUUGCUUUUCCAGCGUAACGAAGUGUCACACGAUGUAGAAUAACAAAUAACUGUUUUUUAUGUGAGAUCUACAAUAGUAAAACCUAUAAUAUAUCGUUAUCUAAUUCCAAUUUUAUAAAAGAUAUGGUUUUAGUUCCGGAUCUGGGCCCGCAAGGAUGCUUUGAUUGAUACUCAAUAUGCUCUCCAAGCUGGAAUCAAGUGUCUGGAGUUCUACGAAGACUACUUCGGAAUCCCAUUCCCUUUGGCCAAACAAGACAUGAUGGCCUUUCCUGACUUUGCAGCUGGUGCCAUGGAGAACUGGGGGUUGGUGACAUACAGAGAGAAGUACCUUCUUCACAAUCCAUCACUUUACUCGGCUUUGCAGAAGGUUCAUGUCGCUACUGUGGUGGCUCACGAACUGGCUCAUCAAGUAAGUUGCUAUUAACUUAAGCAUAGCUCUACAAAUACAACUUAAAUAUAAAAUUUGAAGUUUGAAACGUUGUUGUAUUAUGAUUUUAGUGGUUCGGAAACCUUGUCACAAUGAAAUGGUGGUCAGAUCUGUGGCUGAACGAAGGCUUUGCCACUUUGAUGGAGUAUAUUGGAACGGAUGCGAUCAGUGACAACAAAUUGAGGAUGGACGAGUACUUUGUGUACGAUGCUCUGUCAGGAGCGUUUGAUCGAGACUCUCGAGCUACAUCACAUCCACUCUACUUUGACAUUAGUAAGGCAGAAGAUGUGAGUGAAGCUUUCGAUGCUAUUACCUAUGACAAAGGAGGGUCGGUGCUGAGAAUGUUGAGGAAUGUCAUGGGAGAGAAAUACUUCAAGAAGGGAGUCACGGUAGGUCAAUAUUAUUAUUGUUAAACCGAGAAUCUUUUAAAAAGUUAUAAAGAUGGAGAAAAGUUAAACUCUGAUUUUAGAUCUACUUGAAUCGCUUUAAAUUCAAGAACGCUGAACACAAAGAUCUGUGGCAAGCUCUGUCAGAAGCCGUUCCAGAAUCCUUGACCGACUGGUCGGGUGACAAGUUUGAUGUAGAUGAGUUUGCCAAGCUCUGGACUCGCCAAAUGGGAUACCCAGUGAUUGAGGUGAAGAGAGUCGACGAGAACAAGGUCGAGUUGACACAGAAGCGCUUCAAGAUGGACGAAACCGCGUUGGAGAAGCCGAGAUUCAGAAACGCAAAAUACUGGUACAAAUGGGACAUUCCCUUGUGGUACACCAUCAAUGGAACCGAGAAGGAAAUGCUGUGGCUACACGAGAACCAGGUUCUAGAAGUGCCAGAAGACACUCCUUUGAUCGUCAACUACGAUUCCAAAGGAUUCUACAGAGUACAGUAUUCCAAACACACCCUCGACAGUAUCAACCGACAGCUUCAGAACGAUCACACUCGGAUCUCGGUCAAGUCGAGAGCUAGAAUUAUCGACGAUACCUUCACGUUGGCCGAGGCUGGUCGUGUGCCGUACCAAGCAGCUCUGAACCUGACCAUAUAUCUUCAGAAGGAGACAGAGUAUCUUCCGUGGGCGAUGGCCAUGACUGGUCUUGAGUCCAUCGAGUACUACGUUGGAGACGAACCAGAAGCCGACUACGUCAGAAGCUACAUCAAAGGGCUGAUCAAAGACCUCUACGAGAACAUCUCCUUCGAGAAUCUUAAUACCACCUACUUGGACGAUGACAAGUUCUUCGAGACCCUGUUCGACACUUCUAUUAUCAGUAGAAUGUGCAGGAACAGAGAUCAAAACUGCGUCAAGAAGCUGAUGGAUCUCUACUUCAACGACUUCGUGUAUCCAUGUCAGAACGCAGACACUCAGAGCAGCAAGUGCAGUCGGUAUGUUAUUUUUUUACCAAAUGUUUUAUCUUUUACAAUUUUUGUGUAGUUCAUGGCUUUUAUUGGGAGUACUAUCAGUUAUUGUAUAUUACUAUAAAAUGUUUUCUAGAGUACCAGUACCUCUUCGUGGACUAGUCUACUGUGAAGGUGUUAGAUCAGGCUCGGAAACGGACUGGGACAAGAUGUUGGCCUUGUACAAGAGGGAAAGUGUCCAAGUGGAGAGAGAUCGUCUGAUGAUCGCUUUGACUUGUUCUCGCGAUACUCACAGUUUGAAAAAGUAAAGUUUUGGAUCAUUCGAGACUAUGAAUAGUACUAUACCUUUAUAUCUGUUAUCAAAAAAUUAUUAUUACCAUGAUUAAUAUGUGUUUUAACUAAUAUUGUCAUUUCAGAUUACUGCGGAUGACUACUGACUUUAACAACACAUUGAUCAGGCUGCAAGACAAGUCUACAGUAUUUGAUGGUAUUGCCUCCACCUCUCCCUUAGGGCAACAGAUUGCCAUGGAGUACUUUAUGGACCACUGGACGGCGAUUUACAGAGAGUAUGUUAUGGUUAAAUGACGUUGUUUUAGUUAACUGAUGGCUGUGUGAAAAGGAUUAAUUUAAUUGUACCACUUUCAGUUUCAAAGAUCAACCAUCGUUACUAAAGAGCAUGGUGGAGGCAGCUCUCGGAGGAACGUCGAACCGAGUUAUCGAACAGGUAUGUUCCUUACCCUACUUCAAGUAACAAGGCAGAUCAUAGCAUUUUUUAUGUGUAAAGUCAAAUAUUACAUAGCUGUAAAGGUUACUAAUUUUUAUUUCAAGAAUAUGUUAUUUUAGGUAACAAAGUUCAUUGCUCAGAACGAGAAGACGACGCGGAACGUGGACGCCUUCAAGCAGCGUCUCGAGAUUCUGGAGACCAACAAGAAGUGGAUGGACAAGAACUUCCAACCUCUCAGUGUCUGGUUCCGAGAUCAGAACAAGAAACGGGCCGUCAGUGCCUGA